AUGUACCUUUGAUGAGCCGAGAGAAAAUAUUGGCAAAGUGAUGGAAUAGAUCAUUUCACUGGUUCUAACUUUUUGACUCACCUUGGAAAAUCCCAGCACUGCCCUCACCUCCUUUGAUUGCGUGGGCCAAGACCCUCCCAGAUUACACUCCUGAUCUCCAGAACUGCUCCAUCUCUAUGUCUGCCUACUCCUAUCUGCAUUCUGGCUCCUAACUGAAGUUAUAUCUCUGGGUUCCUCUGAGGGCCCCCUGGGAUCCCCUAUCAUUGGUUCCUCUGACAGGCACACCCUUCUCCAAAGCCAAAGGAUCAGGUAUUCAGUGGCUCAGGUGACAAACCUGCUGUCAGGUUACAGAUAUUGUUUCCUGAAAGACCACACUACAGUGUCAGUGGAGACUCAGGCUGCCUGCAGUGCCUUGCCCUCACCUGGCUAUCCCACACAAGGUGAGAAUAACCAGAGCUCACCUCUAGUACCAGCGCUUACCUGGAAACAUGGCUCUGAGCCUCUGGGCCCCAGUGCUGCUGCUGUCCUGUGCAGUGACUCUGGUCCCUACUGGGCCUCAGUCCCUGGACGCUGGUCUCUCCCUCCUGAAGUCAUUGCUCUCUGCUCUGGACCAGGCUCCCCAGGGGUCCCUCAGCCGCUCACGGUUCUCUGCAUUCCUGGCCAACAUUUCUUCUUCCUUUGAGCCUGGGAGAAUGGGGGAGGGACCGGUGGGAGAGCCCCCACCUCUCCAGCCCCCUGCCCUCCGGCUCCAUGAUUUCUUAGUGACGUUGAGAGGCAGCCCAGACUGGGAGCCAAUGCUGGGGCUUCUGGGGGAUGUGCUGGCACUGCUGGGACAGGAGCAGACCCCCCGGGACUUCCUGGGGCACCAGGCAGGUGUGCUGGGUGGACUUGCAGAGGUGCUGCUGGGAGCCUUAGUUCCCGGGGGACCCCCUAGCCCUACCCGGCCCCCAUGCACCCGUGAUGGGCCCUCUGACUGCGUUCUGGCAGCUGACUGGUUGCCUUCUCUGUUGCUGUUGUUAGAGGGCACACGCUGGCAGGCCCUGGUGCAGGUGCAGCCCAGCGUGGACCCCACCAAUGCCACAGGCCUCGAUGGGAGGGAGCCAGCCCCCCACCUUUUGCAGGGUCUGUUGGCUUUGCUCACCCCAGUGGGGGAGCUGGGCUCUGAGGAGGCUCUUUGGGGAGGUCUGCUGCGCACAGUGGGGGCCCCCCUCUAUGCUACCUUCCAGGAGGGCCUGCUCCGAGUCACUGACUCCCUGCAGGAUGAGGUCUUUUCCCUUCUGGGGCAACCAGAGCCUGAUGUCAAUGGGCAGUGCCAGGGAGGCAAUCUUCAGCAGCUGCUCUUGUGGGGCAUCCGGCACAAUAUCUCCUGGGAUGUGCGGGCUUUGGGCUUUCUGUCUGGAUCGCCACCUCCACCCCCCGCGCUCCUCCACUGCCUGAGCACAGCUGUGCCUCUGCCCAGGACUUCCCAGCCCUCAGCCCACAUCAGCCCUCGCCAGCGGCGGGCCAUCUCUUUGGAGGCCCUCUGCGAGAACUCCGCAGGCCCAGCACCGCCCUACAGCAUUUCCAACUUCUCCCUCUACGUCAUCUGCCAGCACAUCAAGCCUGUCUCCCCGCAGCCCCCUCCCAGCACCGCUGCCAUCUGCCAGACAGCUGUGUGGUAUGCAGUCUCAUGGGCACCAGGUGCCCAAGGCUGGCUCCAGGCCUGCCACGACCAGUUUCCCGAAGAGUUCCUGGAGGCAAUCUGUAACGACCUCUCCUUUUCCACCCUGUCGGGUCCCAACCGCCGCUUGGUAAAGCGGCUCUGUGCGGGCCUGCUCCCACCCCCUACCAGCUGCCCUGAAGGCCUGCCCCCUGUCCCCGUCACCCCAGAGAUCUUCUGGGGCUGCUUCUUGGAGAACGAGACUCUGUGGGCUGAGCGGCUGUGUAGGGAGGCGAGUCUGCAGGCUGUGCCCCCCAGCAACCAGGCUUGGGUUCAGCAUGUGUGCCAGGGCCCCACCCCGGAUGUCACGGCCUCCCCACCCUGCCACAUUGGACCAUGUGGGGAACGCUGCCCAGAUGGGGGCAGCUUCCUGAUGAUGGUCUGUGCCAAUGACACCAUGUACGAGGCCCUGGUGCCCUCCUGGCCUUGGCUAGCAGGCCAGUGCAGGAUAAGUCGUGGGGGCAAUGAUACCUGCUUCCUGGAGGGGUUACUGGGCCCUCUUCUGCCCUCUCUGCCCCCACUGGGACCGUCCCCACUUUGCCUGGCCCCAGGCCCCUUCCUGCUUGGCAUGCUGUCCCAGCUGCCACGCUGUCAGUCCUCCGUGCCGGCCCCUGCCCACCCCACACGCCUACACUAUCUCCUGCGCCUGCUGACCUUCCUCCUGGGUCCAGGGGCCGGAGGGAAAGAGGCCCAGGGGAUGCUGGGUCAGGCCCUGAUGCUCUCCAGUCUCCCAGACAACUGCUCCUUCUGGGAUGCCUUCCGCCCCGAGGGCCGGCGCAGUGUGCUGCGGACAGUUGGGGAGUACCUGGAACAGGAGGAGCAGCCGACCCCCCUGGACUUUGACCCCACUGCCAGCUCCAGCUCUGGUUUAAGCAAGAUGGAGCUGCUGGCCUGCUUCAGCCCUGUGCUGUGGGAUCUGCUCCAGAGGGAGAAGAGUGUUUGGGCCCUGCAGAUUCUAGUGCAGGCAUACCUGCACAUGCCGCCAGAAAAUCUCCAGCAGCUGGUGCUUUCAGCGGAGAGUGAGGCUGCUCAGGGCUUCCUGACGCUCAUGCACCGUUCCUGGGCCCAGCUGCAGGUGCCACCAUCUGAGGAGCAGGCCCUGGGUCGUCUGACAGCAUUGCUGCUCCAGCGGUACCCGCGCCUCACCUCCCAGCUCUUCAUCGAUCUCUCACCACUCAUCCCCUUCUUGGCUGUCUCCGACCUGAUGCGCUUCCCACCAUCCCUGUUGGCCAAUGACAGUGUCCUGGCCGCCAUCCGGAAUUACAGCCCUGGAAUGAGGCCUGAACAGAAGGAGGCUCUGGCAAGGCGACUGCUGGCCCCUGAGCUGUUUGGGGAAGUGCCCGCCUGGCCCCAGGAGCUGCUAUGGGCAGCGCUGCCCCUGCUCCCCCAUCUGCCUCUGGAGAACUUUCUGCAACUCAGCCCUCAUCAGAUCCAGGCCCUGGAGGAUAGCUGGCCAGCAGCAGGUCUUGGGCCAGGACACGCCCGACAUGUGCUGCGCAGCCUGGUGAACCAGAGUGUCCAGGAUGGAGAGGAGCAGGUGCGCAGGCUGGGGCCCCUCGCCUGUUUCCUGAGCCCUGAGGAGCUGCAGAGCCUGGUACCCUUGAACGAUCCAAUGGGGCCGGUAGAACAGGGGCUGCUGGAAUGUGCGGCCAACGGGACCCUCAGCCCACAAGGACGGGUAGCAUAUGAACUUCUGGGGGUGUUGCGCUCAUCUGGAGGAACUGUGCUGAGCCCCCGGGAGCUUCGAGUUUGGGCCCCUCUCUUCCCUCAGCUGGGCCUCCGCUUCCUGCAGGAGCUGUCAGAGCCCCAGCUUAGAGCCAUGCUUCCUGCGCUGCAAGGAACCAGUGUCACACCUGCCCAGGCUGUCCUACUGCUUGGACGGCUCCUCCCUAGGCAUGACCUGUCCCUGGAGGAACUCUGCUCCUUGCACCCUCUGCUUCCAGGCCUCAGCUCCCAGACAUUCCAGGCCAUCCCUAGGCGAGUUCUGGCUGGGGCCUGUUCCUGCCUGGCCCCUGAACUGUCACGCCUCUCAGCCUGCCAGACCGCAGCACUGCUGCAGACCUUUCGGGUGAAAGAUGGAGUUAAAAACAUGGGUGCAACAGGUGCCAGUGCAGCUGUGUGUAUCCCUGGUCAGCCUAUCCCCACCACCUGGCCAGACUGCUUGCUGCCUCUGCUCCCACUAAAGCUGCUACAGCUGGACUCGGCUGCUCUCCUGGCUGACCGAAGGCAUUACCGGGAGCUGCCCUGGUCUGAGCAGCAGGCACAGUUUCUCUGGAAGAAGAUGCAGGUGCCCACCAACCUGACCCUCAGGAAUCUGCAGGCUCUGGGUACUCUGGCAGGGGGCAUGUCCUGUGAGUUUCUGCAGCAGAUCAACUCGAUGGCAGACUUCCUUGAAGUGGUACACAUGCUCUAUCAACUGUCCACUGGGGUUCGAGGGAGCCUGAGGACCUGUAUCUGGGCAGAGCUACAGAGGAGGAUGACAAUGCCAGAGCCAGAACUGGCAACCCUGGGGCCAGAACUGAGUGGGCUGGACACCAAGCUACUCUUGGACUUACCGGUCCAGUUGAUGGACAGACUGUCCAGUGAAUCCAUUAUGUUGGUGGUGGAGCUGGUACGAGGCACUCCAGAGCAGCUGCUAGCACUGACCCCACUCCACCGGGCAGCCCUGGCAGAAAGGGCACUACAAAACUUGGCUCCAAAGGAGACAACAGUGUCAAGGGAAGUGCUGGAGACAUUGGGUCCCUUGGUUGGAUUCCUGGGGAUAGAGAGCACACGACGGAUCCCCCUACAGAUCCUGCUGGCCCAUCUCAGUCAGCUGCAGGGCAUCUGCCUAGGAGAGCCAUUUGCCACAGAGCUGGGAUGGCUGCUGUUGCAGGAGCCUGUUCUUGGGAAACCAGAGUUAUGGAGCCAGGAUGAAGUCGAGCAAGCAGGACGCCUAGUAUUCACUCUGUCUCCCGAGGCUAUUUCCUUGAUCCCCAGGGAGGCUUUGGGCCCAGAGACCCUGGAGAGGCUCCUAGAAAAGCAGCAGAGCUGGGAGCAGAGCAGAGCUGGACAGCUGUGUGCAGGGCCACAGCUCACUGCCAAGAAAGCAGCCCUGGUAGCUGGGGUUGUGCGGCCCACCGCAGAGGAUCUCCCAGAACCUGUGCCAAAUUGUGCAGAUGUACGGGGAACAUUCCCAUCAGCCUGGUCUGCAACCCAGAUCGCAGAGAUGGAGCUUUUAGACUUUGAGGACUGCCUAGCACUGUUUGCAGAAGACCCAGGACUUGGGCCUGAGGAACUACGGGCAGCAAUGGGCAAAGCAAAACAAUUGUGGGGUCCCCCCUGGGGAUUCCGUCCUGAGCAGAUCCUGCAGCUGGGUCGGCUCUUAAUAGGUCUAGGAGAGAGGGAACUACAGGAGCUGAGCCUGGUGGACUGGGGUGUGCUGAGCACCCUGGGGCAGAUAGAUGGCUGGAGCUCCAUCCAGCUCCGGGUUGUGGUCUCCAGUUUCCUGAAGCAGAGUGGUCGGCACGUGAGCCACCUGGACUUCCUCCACCUGACUGCACUGGGUUACACGCUCUGUGGACUUCGGCCAGAGGAGCUGCAGCAUAUCAGCAGUUGGGAGUUUAGCCAAGCAGCUCUCUUCCUGGGCAACCUGAAUCUCCCGUGUUCUGAGGAGCAACUGGAGGUUCUGGCCCAGCGCCUUGUGCUGCCUGGUGGUUUUGGCCCAGUCAGUAACUGGGGGCCUGAGAUCUUCACCGAAAUUGGUACAAUAGCAGCUGGAAUCCCAGACCUGGCUCUUUCAGCACUGCUGCGAGGACAGAUCCAGGGCCUUACCCCUCUGGCCAUUUCUGUCAUCCCUCCUCAGAAAUUUGCUGUGGUGUUCAGCCCCACCCAGCUAUCUAGUCUCACCAGUGUUCAGGCUGUGGCUGUCACUCCUGAGCAGAUGGCCUUUCUGAGUCCUGAGCAGCGAGGAGCAGUUGCAUGGGCCCAGUAUGAGGGGAAGGAGACCCCAGAACAGCAGGGUCGAAGCACAGCCUGGGGUCUCCAGGACUGGUCACAACCCUCCUGGGCCCUGGCAUUGACCAUCUACUUCCUUGGCAACCUGCUAUGAGCCUGUCUCUGCAGUUAAAGAGAGAGAUUGUUGGGAAAGACAUUUUAAGUAAUAAUGAAUAAAGUGCAAAUGGAA